AGUUUCUAAAGCUUCAAUCCCACCUCAAAGAAAUAAUCAACAGUGCUUCUCGAAUCCUUAUGUUAAGUCCGAGGACGGUGCGAUCACCAUUACGCGGGAACAAAAUCGGGCGCACUUGUUGGAGUCAUAAUUCAUUCUUAAUGCUGGCGGCAGAGAUGAUAAUGAGUAGUUGUAUAGAAGUACAUUCUGUGUAUGUACCUUCCAAUGGCUUGAUAUCAAGCCAUUGAUAGGUACAAGAAACUUUAUUAUCUGGUUGCAACCCCGUUUCCUGCGAGCAAAUAAGAUUAGAACAGUACAGCUUCGACACCGGCUCUUCAACAAAAUCGGGUUGCCAACAGUGAGCAACAGUGCCAGGACAAUCUGUUCCGGUUCCAGUGCCCUGUUGAUAGAUUUGAAAGUUCAAGCUAUCACAGAAAUUAGGUCACAGUAAUUAUCCGUCUUUCUCUUUUUCCACCACCGUCACGAGCAAAUGUACCCCCCUCGGCCUGCUUCUUCCACUCAGCUGGCUUCUGGGGCUGGAGGAUUUCGCAACCCAGAUGGCUCCCAAGAUCCAGAACGCGCAAUUCCUAGCAUGCCUCAACCUAGUCUUCAGCAUUCGACUUCUUCCUCUCAGUGGGACCUCCUUAAUGGCAUUAGGAAAUUUGAGCAUUCAUACGAGGAAUUUGACUCGAGGAACGCAAGCGAAAGUCAUCUUGUUUACGCAGAAGGAGAUCUUCCCAAAAACAAGUUCGCCAAAAUGUACAACUAUCUGCUGAACGUAUCCAUUGUGACUCGCUGGUUCCUCUUCAUUGUGCCUCCUCUUGCGCUAUUGUGGAUUCCUGGAAUUUUGGGUUUAACUACUUCUCCUAAUGCGACAGUCUGGGGCGUAAAGCUUAUGUGGUGGAGUAUUUGGCUGAGCGUAAUGUGGGGAGGCUGGUGGGUCGCGCUGGCUGCUGCUCGAAUACUUCCAUCCAUCAUUCGUUCCACAGUUGGUAUCGUUGCAGUUGGAACUCGCAAAUAUAUCGAUUGGGCCAGUGUACUUCAUCGUUAUGUGGCGCUGUUUGGAUGGACGCUAGCGAUGUGGAUCACAUGGAAUCCUCUUGUUGACACCCGCCAAGAAUCCACUGCGUCUAACAACGACAAGAGUAUCGUCAGUCUCAUUGCUAAACUGUUAUUUGGACUUUUUCUGUGCUCGGCCGUGCUCUUGUUCGAAAAGUUCUCUAUUCAGUGGAUUGCAGGCAAAUUCCACGAAAAAACCUACGCUGAGCGUAUCGCGGACCAAAAAUUCGCAGUCCGUUCGCUCGUUACCCUUUAUCGAAACUCUUCCGAUAUCCCAGGACGUUCAGAUACACUCAAAGCAUCACAUCUCAAGAAUAGUUCUGUCAAUCCUAAAAUGCUCUUCAAAAGAGCAAUCAAAGGUGUUCGUACCGCUGCAACUACAACCACCACUGCCCUUGGUAAUGUUGCGUCUGAGAUAGCUGGCAGUUCCGUGUUACAACCCAACUCGCCUCAAGCAGUGGUUAAAACCGCACUGGAAUCUGCAAAUAAAUCCCGCUUACUAGCUCGCCGUAUCUUCUACUCCUUCACUAAACCAGGAUCCGAAUACAUGUUCAUCGAAAAUAUUGCAAGGUAUUUCCCUACACCAGACGAGGCAGACUCUGUCUUCGCCCUUUUCGACAGAGAUGGAAAUGGCGACGCGUCAAUGGAAGAAAUCGAGAUUGCCUGUAUGGACUUCCAUCGUGAGCAAUUGUCGAUAGAACAUUCCAUGCAGGAUCUGGACAGUGCUGUUGGGCGACUUGACAAUAUUUUCAUGAGUCUCUAUGUCGUCGUCGCCGUGUUGAUCAUUGCCGUCGUUUUGGACGCUCAAUUUAGCACGCUCAUUACUUCUGUUGGAACAUUGGUCCUUGGCUUGAGUUGGCUUAUCGGCGGCAGUCUUACUGAGGUACUCACAAGCAUUAUCUUUCUAUUCAUCAAACAUCCUUUCGAUGUCGGUGAUAGAAUCGUUGUGGACAAGGUGGAAUACACUGUUAAAGAAAUUUCAUUGUUGUCUACAACCCUUCUCGACGGUGAUGGAGGACUAGUGCAAGCACCAAACAGCACUCUAAACGACGCGUUCAUUGAGAAUAUCAGACGGAGUCCCCAGAUGAGCGAGACAUUCUCUUUUUCGGUGGCGUAUAAGACAACGUUCGAAGACUUGGAGAAGUUGAGGACAAAGAUGCUCGAGUUCGUCCAGAAUGAGAGACGCGACUAUCUACCAAUUUUUGAUGUUGCUGUCAUUGACUUCCCUGAGCAGACAUCCAUGCUGUUAUCUGCUGAUAUUAAAUAUAAAAGCAACUCCCAACAAGGUGCUGUGAAAGCUAAACGUCGGAAUAAAUGGAUCUGCGCCCUUAAGCAAGCACUGGCAGACGUUGGAAUAUUCGGUCCUGCCGGAAAUCCUGAUGCCACUACCAAACCUAAGCAGUAUACUGAAGUUCCAUGGGAAGAAGUCAAGCAUGCUGAACAAAACAAAACAUCCCGACCCAUGCGUAUGCCAGCUCCCGCAGGAGGUUGGCGAUUGUCUGAAAAUAACCCUUCUCUUCGUGAUGACUCUGACAAUGUCUUCGACGACGACGCGGAUGAGCAGGUUAUGCGAAGCUCAUGGAGGUCGCCCACUGCGGAUUCUAUGCAUCAUUGAGCACACCCAGAAUGCAUCAUGCCGCGCCGAUGCCUUCGCAAUCUCAACUAGCAUAUGCCCCCGAAGCCAUCGAGCUGUCAGAGCGAAGAUGAUGGUUUCUACACUGGUGAUUUCUGGGUGAUAUAGUGGGUUAGUGCAGGUCGCUCUAGAAGAUCUACGAAUUUUCGGACGAUCUCGAUUUAGGACUUGAUAUAUACAUAU